GCUUGUUGAAUCUGCUGGAAUUCUGCACUGGACAGCUUCACUGGGGAAAGCUUUGGCACUCAGGAGCCAGAGGACACUAGAUAAUCUUUCAGACCACUUAGCACACCACUUACAGUGUCCAGGCAACUAGAAUAACCAGAAAAGCUGGAGGGGGAAAAAAAAAGGCCAUUAAUAUCCUGCAGAUGUGCUGGCUCUUGCUUGUUCCAUGAAUCAGGUUAUUGCGUGAAUGAAAGAGUUAGUAAAGCAAUGGUUUGUUUUUAUCAUCAUGUGCAUGGCAGGUGCUUUACAGAUGCGAAGAAGAGGUCCUUGUCUUGGAGAGGUUAAUAAGAGAUAUUAUUGACCCAACCUGCUUUGCUUGCCCAUGGGGCUGCUCAGGUGGCAAGAUCUGGGACAAAUAUUUGCAUGGAAUGCAAGGAAUGUCGGUAGAAGAGGGCCAGGAGCUAAUUAACCUGGGAUUUCUCCUCGGAGGCCAUGGAGCUUUCGGCCAAUGAGCUCAGCAUCUAUGACAAGCUCUCUGAGACCAUUGAUCUGGUGAGACAGACUGGCCACCAGUGUGGCAUGUCAGAAAAAGCCAUUGAGAAGUUCAUCAAGCAACUCUUGGAAAGAAAUGAACCCCAGAGGGGCCCCCCACGGUACCCUGUCUUAGUGGCUCUCUACAAGGGUCUGCUCACCCUGGGCUUGGUGUUGCUGACUGUUUACUUGGUGAUCCAGCCCUACAACCCGCUGCCGCCCGAAGCGCCACUCUCCAGAGCCCAGGCCUGGGGCUCCCUCGUCGGCCAUAUCCGGCUGCUGUCCCUGCCCAUUGCCAAGAAGUACAUGCUGGAGAAAUGCCAGGACUGGUGGGCAGCAGGUUGCAGACAGAACACUUCCGCACUUCCCACAAACUGCACAGUCUGUUCUGCUGUGAAAAGCCUUCAGAUAGUGACAGACUUCAGAGAGCUAUCAGAAAAGCUCCAGAGGCAUCAGCCUUUUCUAAUCAAGACAGGGCAGCAUCUCUCCUAUGAAGAACUGAAGCAUUUUCAGUCCCAGGAUCCAGAACUGGCAGAGGUUAUAAUAGAAGAAAAUUCAGCUGAAUUAUGGAGCUGUCCAUUUUUCUUUCCCUGGAACAAGUCUGUGAAUAAAUCUCGGAUUCUGCAGGAUUUUUUCUCCGCUUCCUCUUUGCUGUCCUUCCCCAAGACAGUGUCCCUGGAGAGCUGCUUCCUCAUCCGCCAUCCAGAUUUGGGGAAUAAGAGCUACAGCCUGCACAGUCUCUUCGCUGUUGGGAGUGGGCAGCUUACCCUGACUGUUGCACCUCUGGACACGUGCAGAGGACACUGUGAGAUGUUCAAGGUGGAGCUGGAAGCUGGAGAUUUGGGUUAUGCCAGCGCAGAUCACUGGACAAUGAGCUUCAUGGCCAGAGGGACACAGCCAGUGGUGAUUUGUGAUGGAGCUGCCAGCUAAAGAUGGUGGGGUGGGAAAACAGAGCUGGACAAGAAGACUUUCAGCUUUGAAGCCAAGGCAACAUCUUGAGAGGAGCGAGCCGGGGCAACUGGGGCAGGCAGCUUUGCCACCCUGCAUGUUUACAGUGUUUAAAAGUGACUAUUUUCCUGACCCUUGAGGUAAUCCUUUGCCUUUCCUCAACUGUAUUUUGGGAGAAGCUCAAGCUAUUUAUGACCCUCCCUGUCCCCUCAGGUAAGCCCUGGGUUUGCAGCAAAGGGUUUUUUUCCAGGAGCAGCAAAUGGAUUUCUCAGGAUGAGAUUCACCUUGUGUUCUUUAUGGAUUAUGGCACUUCUGAAACUUCCUGGGGGGUUUGGGAGUGGAUAGGGUGUGUGACAUUUCUAUGUACAUUCCUCCUGAGGAGGAAGCUUUGAGCCUGUGUAAUCAGGCCAGUUCUAUAAAGGGAAGGAAUUGGUGAUACAUCCCAGCUCUCCCUCACGUCUGCAGGUGUGUGAGCCCUGCAGAGCUGAUCUUGGCUCCUGUUCCCAGGCUGGGGAAAGCCUUGAGCCUGAGGGCAGAAACUCUCACCCACUUCAUCCUUCUAGUACCAAAAGAAUCCCUUCAGGCCUCUCUAUGUUGUGGUCACCCUUCUGCAGCUCUCUGUCAGCAGGUUGUGAGUGAGUCAAAUGGUAAUUGUGCUUUUCUUCACCUCUACUUCCUUUCCUGCAAAAACACCAACAAACACAUGUUAGUGGUGCUGGCGGUGCAGGAGUUCUGGAUGGAGCUGGGAGAGAGCAGCUCUGUCCAACUUUCACCUCAGACACCAAGGGCUGCACAGCCGUUCUCAGCUGCUCCUUGUUUUUGGAGGCACUGCCUGUGUUCCCAGCCCACGGUACCUCUGGGAGCACCUGAAACCUCCCUUUUCCCUGGCAUAUUUUUGUAUUGACUCCUUCCAGACCUGGAACUCUCUCUUGAGAAUGAACGUUGGUUUUUCCUGGGUCCUUUCCAAGCUGCCUUUGCUUGUUUCCUGCUGCUGGAGCAGUGCUGUCUCCAGUGCCCUGAGAGAGGCUCGGGUUCGGUGUUUGCAGGCUGCGGAUGCUCCGGUCCCUUCCAAGUCUGAUCCUUUGGGUCUGAUCCCACUGCUGAAGAUCAUUUACAGAUGUGUCAGGCUGAACUCAUAGGCCAGGGCUGGAGUUCAGGACAUACUCUCACACUUGUUAAUAUGGAGUUGGGAGGGGUUUUGGUCGACAGUGAGUUAACUCUGUUCUCAGGAGCAAGAGCCUUUUUCUCUGUAAAUAUUUUAGGUACAUGUAAAAUGACAGAUUGGAAAAUGUCUGUCCAGCCUUUGUUUUUGAGGAGAAUGGGAGCAAACAUUGUGCUAAUCUGAUUAGGAGCUGACAAAAGCUGCCAAGUGGGAUGACCACUGGCUCCUGUACAAGAAAAAGGCAGAGGACAGUUCCUGCUCCAAAGAAUUUAGUCUGAGGCCUUGACACUACAAUCAUUUCUAUGCAUAACCCUUGUUUUUCUCCUGUCAAAACAGUGAGAGCAAGCCCAGCACCUGUGUCAGUCUGUGCAUGGCCCUCAGUGCUGGACACACACCAGAUCUAGUAGAACCAAAGGGGGAGAGUCUGGCUCUCUCAGGAUAGGAAAGGACUAAUAUAAUUUGUUACAAAGUAUUAAAGGGAAUUGGACUAAUAACACUUCCAUUAGUAUUCUCACUGCUUGGAGUGUAUUUCACACUCAUGACACUACAUUCAAUAUUGUACAUGCCAAGACACACACACACACCACCCCUCUCCCUCCUCUUAAAGCCUGGGUCUUACUUAAUGGAAAUUUGGGAGUUCGGUGAUGGCAGAAUUAGGGCCUCAUUAGUGACUGUUGCUAUUUACACUUUGGCAGCUUCUCAAAUCAAAUUCAAAGGCUGACAAGGUUACUUCACCUCUUACUGGUUUUGUAUCUGACCCAUUUUUGUAAAGCAUUGGCUCAAAGCUGCUGCUGGAGCCAUUCUUGCUGAGAUUGCAGCGGUUCAGUGACACUGUCACUGCUAAGUGUCCUUGACUGUAACUUGUAAAAGAGCUGCGGAGACAAUUCCCAAGUGUCUGUGAAAUGCCUGGAUUUUGAGAGUCACACUUAAGCCAUUGUGGCUGUCUGGCUCUUUCGGGAAGAAGCAGAGAAAAUGGAUCUAUUUACAGUUGCUGUUUGGACUGGGGGGAGGAGGGGGAGGAAGGGGCAGGUUUGUGCCUGUUUAGCAGAAGUGCUCUCACCAGGGCUUCUCCCUUCCUCGAAGAGUUGCAGCUGGUUGGACAGGAGCUGGUGAGUCUGGCCUGUGUGCAGAGCAGCCUUCCAAGUGCACUUUAUGGGCUCUGCAUAAGUUUCCAGCUCUGUCUCAGCGAUACAUUGCAUAUGUCCCAACCUCACUCCCUUCGGAGUUUACAUCAUUUGUUUUUAAGCUCUCCGGUAUAUUUUCUCUUCCUCUUCCAAAAGCUGUAAGGAAUUAGCUGCUAAACUAAAACAGGAGGGCAGUUCUCCUGCUGAUAAAGAGCCGAUUUUGGCCGAAGUGCAGAGCCCCAGUCUGCAGCACAGCUUCCAGAGCAGCUCCUGUCUGCAGCUGCCAGAGGAGUGGUGCUCACACCUUCCACAUGCCAGGGCGGGUGAGGAGCCACGGUGGGAAAUCUGGAGGUGAGGCCACAAUGGCAAAACUGGGAUGGCAAAAGGGAGGAUUUAAUACCUUUACUGCACUUAAGCCCUGGUCAUCUUCCACAUCCAGACCUCCAGCUUCACAGAGUCCCUGGAAAGGCUGCAGGACUUCCCUAGAGAAGGGGUCCUAGGGGCCUGCUGAGGUGGAACUGGAGGGAACAGGGCUGUUCCUGCAGCUACUGAGGUUUCACAGCCGUGAUGAGAUCUCAUGGAGGGGGUGUCCCACCAUAGUCUCCCUCACCUCAGCUCCCCUUUUGCACGCUCUGUGCUGGUUUGGACAAUCUCCCACUCCCACUCUGCCCAGCUCACAGGGGUUCCCAGUCAGCACAUUUUAAAAUCUCUUUGUGUGCUUCAGAGCUCAUUGCCUGUGAGCUGGGAGAUUGAUUCCUCCUCGCCCCACAUCCCAAGGCUGUAAAGCUGCUCUGAAAUCACACCAGAAAUCGGUACUACCCACGAGCUCAGUGGGCAGAGGUGAGGAGAGGUCACCUCUGCACUUGCCAGGCUGGAAGGACGGGCUGUCCUGGUCAGCUGGGCAGGAGGAUCGUGGUUUAAAGCUGCUCCCCAAAGCAGGGGUCACUGACCGGUGCUGUCAGUCAGUCCUGAACUCAGGGUAACUGAAAGGAGGAGAAAGGAUUAUUAUGAUUUACUUCAGUACCAGGAAAUCAGUGGCCCCCACGGGAGCCAAGCUGGCAGUUUCUAUUGAUUCUUUCUUUUGCUUUCUUUGUUCCUUUUCAUUUUUUUCCCUGCCCACUGUUAUUGCACACAUUGAUUCCCCCGAGGGGUCUCUUUGCAAGGCUCUGGAGAGCUUUGAGUCAGAUUUCCCGUGAGUCUCCAAACUUCAGUUUCUCCCACCAGACCUGUUUUUGCAGUGUUCUGGAGGAGAAGCUGGUUUAACUGGGCUGGAUCAAAGCACCUCCCUGCCCUUGUGGCCUCCUGGGCUCCAGCAGCAGGAGGAGGUGGGGAGCAGGAGAGCAUCCCAUAGUAGAGAUGUGAGCCCUGUAAACACCAGUGUCUCAGAAGAGGGGAUCCUUCUGCCUUGAAACCCUCUUGUUCCCUCCCUCCAGGAGGGAAGUUUCCACACACCCCAAUCCCAGGUAGACAUUCAGCCCUGUGGCCCCCAAGAGAACUGAACACUUCCUGGGAUGAGGCCAUUUUGGUGGGUACACAGAGCUUUUGCUUUCUGGAAACCAAACUUUAUCCUCUUGGUAAAUUUUAUAGGUAGAACUCGAUACCCUCCUCUUCAGGAACCUCCUCCUUGUAAAGGGCAGAUUUAGUGUCCUGCUGAGUUAGACAAGGGAGAUGCUGGACUUACCUUUGUUUUGGAGAUUCAAAUGGCAGGUGAUUUAUUUUUAGCAUUAUCUCCUUGUCUUGGGGAGGGGAGCCACAUUCUAAAGGCUCAGAGGUCCUGGGUAAAGCUAUAUAUGCAUAAAGACUGUUUCAAUACUGAACACUAAAUUCAGUGAUGGAUUAAAAAAAAAAAAAAAAAGAAUGUGAAUAUGCACUUAAUGCAGAAUUUUAUGGAUGGUCCUAAUUUAAUAUAUUGCAAACUUUGUAAAUACUUGGGAAAAGCCUGUAAAGUGUGUAAAUAAAUGAGAUUUGUAUGUAAGAAGAAUAAAAAAAUUUUUAAUU